AUGGAUCUGUACUACCACAUACGUUCGGCGCCAUGUCAACCGGUGGCGUUUCUGCUCAAACACAUGGGCCUGGAGGUAAACCACAAGGUGACGAGCAUCUACGAUCCGACGGAUUUGGAAGCGCUUAAGAAGGUAAAUCCACAGCACACCAUUCCAACGCUGGUGGACAAUGGGCAUGUGGUCUACGAAUCGUACGCCAUUCUGAUCUAUCUGGCGGAGAAGUACGGGCUGGACGACAGUCUCUACCCGAAGGAUCAUGCUAAGCGUUCGGUCGUCCACCAGCGUCUGUUCUUCGAUAGUGGAUCGUUCCAGAGGAGCUCGUUAGAGGCGUUGAAUCUUCACUUGGGGAAAAAGCCGAUCCCGGACGAAAACCUGGCGAAGAUUAAACGUGCGGUGGAGGUUGUGGAGAUGUAUCUCACCGGCUCACCGUACGUCGCGGGGCAAUCGUUAACGAUUGCCGAUUUCUCCAUCUUUGUGAGCGUUUGCUCGCUGGAUUUGAUAAACUACGAUCUAACGCCCUACCCGAACGUCAUGCGAUGGUUCAGCACGAUGGGAACGCAUAUUCCGGACCUGGAGACGAUGCGUACCCAGGGCAGGGUUGAUCUCGAAGCUCUGCUAGCGUCAAUGAGCAAGUAA